UGGAAUUAAUUUGGGGACUGAGAUUAGUUCGGCACUGGAUUUAAUGUGUGAGAGUGUUUACAUUCUGUGCCGGCAUCAGUUUGCCUGUGUGGCGUAGAUGCUGUGGAGAGCUGCAUUUUCUUCUGCGCCCGGGAGGGAUAGUUAUUGCGAGCACACACACUGGGCCGACGUGCAGCGGAUCCUCCAUCCCGUUUUCCAGGCUGCAGCUGCCGGGGCAGGGCGACUGCCGUCUCCGGGCGGCUGCGGAUGGUGGGGGCAGGAGUUGUGGCGAGUCAAUGAACCGGACCCGGCGGCGUCGCUGGGAUGAAGAACCUCAGGCAGGCUGCUUCAGAGACUCUGGUUCGGUUAGCUGACUGAGGUUGCUGAGUCGCCGAGAAGUCCGUUUGUCUGCGAGCCCCGCCUGUACCACACGCUGCAGGCCCGGAAACCCUCUGGGCACAGGAACCGCAGCAACAGCAUUCCGAUAGGGUGCAAGAACUACACACAGGGUCACCAAUGGGUACACUGCAUCAACACUAACCUCUGUAUGACAGACCAGACCCUUUGACAGCCCUUUCCCCCAGUCCAUGAAACAACCCCUUCCCUCCUCUCUCAACCUGUGGCAACUGACCCUCCUCCAAACAGUACGUCAGCCUUGUCUCUCCCAGCCUGUAGGCAUCACUCCUUUGCCAACCUGAAGCAUAAUCCCUCUUCCCCCAUCUACAAAAGGGGUAUCCAGUGGGCCCUCAACCCUACCUGCCCCACUCUGCCCACUUACCAUUUUAUCUUAUUUAAGCAUCCUCCGCAGCUCCCUUAGUGUUAACAGUGACAGCCAAGGCUCAGUGGGUUGCAAUCUUGUCUCUGAAUCAGAAGGUUGUGGGCUCAAGUCCUACUCCAGAGACUUGAGCGUGUAAUCCUGGCUGCACUCCAGCGCAGCUCUGCACUGUCGAAGCUUUCGGACGGGAUGUUGAGUCGAAGCCCAGUUUACCCUUCUGGAAGAGCAGUGGAUUUCUCCCUGACAUCUCUCAACCAAACCAUCAAGUCAAUAGUUUGUUAUAGGAUCUUGCAUUGCGUAGACUGGCUCCGUCCUCUCCUACAUUACAGUAGUGACUACUCUUUAAAAGUGCUUCGUUGGCUGUGAAGUAAUUAGGAUUACCUUUAAGCCACAAAAGGUGGUAUAAAUUUACAGGUCUUCCUUUAUAGGAGAUUGUGAUCUCAGUUUCUUUCUUUCAGCAAACUGGCCUACGAUUUGGGACGGCAGCUUCUUACCUAAACCUAGAGAAACUCGGGGAAGGGUCCUAUUCCACGGUGUACAAGGGGAUCAGCAGGAUAAAUGGCAAUCUUGUAGCCUUGAAGGUGAUUAAGAUGCAGGAGGAAGAAGGCAUUCCUUUCACUGCAAUCCGUGAAGCAUCCCUUCUGAAGGGCUUGAAGCACAGCAAUAUUGUGCUCCUGCACGACAUUAUCCACACGCAGGAGAACCUGACCUUCGUCUUUGAAUAUGUGCAAACAGACCUUGCCCAGUACAUGACCCAGCACCCAGGAGGGCUACACACACACAAUGUCAAGCUCUUUCUCUUCCAGCUGCUGCGCGGCCUGGCGUACAUCCAUCGCUGCCACAUUCUGCACCGUGACCUCAAGCCACAGAACCUGCUCAUCAGCUGUGUGGGAGAACUCAAGCUUGCAGAUUUUGGAUUGGCAAGAGCGAAGUCUGUGCCCAGCCAGACAUACUCAUCACAGGUGGUGACCCUCUGGUAUCGGCCUCCAGAUGUUCUUCUAGGAGCCACAGAUUAUUCCACUGGCCUGGAUGUAUGGGGUGCUGGCUGUAUAUUCGUCGAGAUGAUAGAAGGUUCUCCGGCUUUCCCUGGUGUGUCUGAUAUCACGGAGCAGCUCCAGAGAAUUUGGGCAGUCUUGGGUGUCCCAACAGAGGAGAGUUGGCCCGGAGUCACUGCCCUCCCAAACUACAGAGCAGAGCACUUUUUGCCACAACCACUUCAGAAACUUGGCCACAUUUGGAAAAGAUUGGGUCUGGUUCCACAAGCAGAGAGCCUGACUUCGCGGUUACUCCAGUGCUAUCCACGGAACAGAAGCUCGGCAGAGGAUGCCCUUGCACACCAGUACUUCAGCACCCUGCCCCCUGCACUCUUCCAGCUCCCUGACAAGAACACGUCAUGGAGAUGCUGUGACCAUCUGCGUCGAGGAGAGGAUACUGGAGGUCAUUGGAGCCUCAGACUGCCCUGUGAGAGGCAGGAUGGUGAGGAAUCCUGGACAGAUGAUACAAUUGCUUAUCAGCAACACACACGGCAAACAACGUUCAGUCAUAGUGACUUCGUCUCAACAAACUGUCAGUUAUGCAGGUGGUGGAAGUUACUCAGGAGUACCGUAGCAGGACUUUGCAGACCAGGCACCAGCUCAGGCCACUCCUGUGUCGUUGGGGCCAGUGAGAGGGCUGGCUGAGUCCUCCCCUGGUGACCAAUGUUUCACAAUGGUUUCCAUAUUCAGCGUAGCUGGAGUUCGGCUUGAGCCUGAAGCACGGAAUGCUUUUCAUCCCUUUCGGAAGGACAAGUGCACAUCAAUCCUUGCCUGAUGUGGAAAAUGAAAGGUGCAGCUUGUUUCCGUGUGUGAGAGAUAUCCACAUUCAACCAUGCAGACCAUCAAGAGACUGAAGAUCCCCUGUAUCCUGGCCUCAUCCUCCUUAGCUCAUAGUAGACUGACUUAUACACUGCUUUGCCAGGGAGUAUUUGAUGGGACAGUUGAGAGAGAACUUUACUCUGGAUCAAACUUGUGCUAUAUUUGCACUGUGUUUACUGGGACAGUGUAAGCAGGAGGGAGGGAUGAGAGUUGGACUGUAUAUUUAACCCUUGCUGUACCUGUCCUGGGCGUGGUUGGUUGAUGGGAUGCUGUAAAGGAUCUCCACUACAUAUCGAAUGUAGGUCAACCCAUCCUGGAACUGCUCGAAGGGACAAUGCAAAGGGUGGUUCACUCUGCAUCUUACUCUUGUGCCUGUCCUGUGAAUGUUUGAUGGGACUGUGUAAAGGCAAGUAGAAGUCUGUACCUGACUCAUCCUGUGCCUCCCCUGGGAGUGCUCGAUAUAACAAUGUAGAGGGAGUUUUAUACUCUGUACCUAACUUGUGCACUACUAUCCUGAAUUUGACAGGACAGAGUAAAUGGGUAUUGGCGCUGUACGUAAUGUAUGCUGUACCCCGCACUAAGAAUGUCGGAUUGAACAAUGCAGAUACCGUGUCAAUUCCAUGCUGUACCUGUUCUAUUGGUGUGCUGUUGUUUGGCAGAAAUUCAGGUGGUUUUCAUUUUUCAUUUGGAUCAACUGUUCCCACCGAGGAGCUUGUUGCAUAAAUAUCAUUAAAGAACAUAAUAUAUUA